AUGGCCGACGCUGCGGGGAGGAGGCUGGCCCGCGUCGCCGCCCACCUCGUUCCGUCGUCGUCGUUCCCGGUUACGCACGCCACCGUCCCUCCCCUGGCGCCUUCCUCCACGGCAGCGUCGUCGUCGUCGUCGUCGUCCUCGCCGGCGAGGGACAGCUACCGGCGCGUACACGGCGACGUGCCGUCGGAGCCACCGGAGUGGCGCGCCGCCACGGACGAGUCGGGGAAGGAGUUCGUCGACAUCGUCUACGAGAAGGCCGUAGGAGAGGGCAUCGCCAAGAUCACCAUAAACCGGCCAAACAGAAGAAACGCGUUCCGUCCGCUGACCGUGAAGGAGCUUAUGCGCGCAUUCAACGAUGCUAGAGAUGAUAGUUCCAUUGGAGUCAUCAUUCUUACAGGGAAGGGAACCGAGGCGUUCUGCAGCGGCGGUGACCAGGCGUUAAGAGAUUCUGAUGGAUACGUUGACUUCGAUAGCUUCGGCCGCCUCAACGUUCUAGAUCUCCAGGUGCAAAUUCGCCGUCUUCCAAAGCCUGUUAUUGCUAUGGUUGCUGGUUAUGCUGUUGGUGGUGGGCAUGUCUUGCAUAUGGUGUGUGACAUAACAAUUGCAGCAGACAAUGCGAUAUUUGGGCAGACAGGGCCCAAGGUUGGAAGCUUUGAUGCUGGUUACGGAUCUUCAAUAAUGUCCCGGUUGGUUGGACCGAAGAGAGCCCGUGAGAUGUGGUUUCUGUCGCGGUUCUAUACAGCUGAUGAAGCUGACAAAAUGGGACUUGUGAACAUUGUGGUGCCACUUGCUCAACUGGAGCAAGAAACUGUCAAAUGGUGCAGGCAGAUCUUAAGGAACAGCCCCAUGGCCAUCCGGGUGCUGAAAUCUGCACUCAAUGCUGCUGAUGACGGCCAUGCAGGUCUUCAGGAGCUUGGCGGGAAUGCCACCCUGAUAUUCUACGGCACUGAGGAGGCAAAGGAAGGGAAGAACGCGUACAUGGAGAGACGACGCCCCGAUUUCUCCAAAUUCCCACGGAAGCCUUGA